CAAAAUGCAGAUUACUUUGAAAACUUUGCAACAGCAGACGUUCAGAAUCGACAUAGAUGAAGAGGAAACGGUGACAACAUUAAAAGAGCGGAUCGAGCAAGAGAAAGGACAGGACAAUUUUCCAGUUGCCGGGCAGAAACUAAUCUAUGCUGGUAAAAUCCUCAGCGAUGACUCCAUUCUCAAAGAAUACAAAAUUGAUGAGAAGAACUUUGUUGUCGUCAUGGUGACAAAGCCUAAAAAGGCCUCAGCUGCCGCUCAGCCUUCAUCAACACCCAGCACGGCAGCACCUCCGACGACGUCGUCCACUUCACAGGCGUCCACAGAGCGUGCCCCAGCAGAUGGGGAACCAGAAGCGAGGCGGCCUGCCGCUGCCGACCCAGCUCGCCCCUCUGUCGGAAGCUUGGCGGCUUCCUCGAGCUUAAUUGACGACGCAGGUUCAAAUCUUGUGACAGGCCCAUCGUACGACGCCAUGGUGACGGAGAUGAUGCUCAUGGGCUACGAGAGGGAGCAGGUGGUGGCGGCUCUAAGAGCGAGCUUCAACAACCCAGACAGAGCCGUGGAGUACCUGCUCUCAGGCAUCCCAAGUAGGGAGCAGGUCCAAGCCAGAGGCUCUGAUGCCACGUUGCCCCCACUGAGUGGCGCUCCAAGCGGACCUACAGGUGAUUUAAGCAAUUCGGGCAGCACUGGUGCUUCAGAAGGUGCAGGUAAUCCGCUGAGUUUCCUAAGGAAUCAGCCCCAGUUCUACAUGAUGCGCCAGUUGAUCCAGCAGAACGCUGCACUGCUUCCCGCUCUGCUGCAGGAGAUUGGCAGGGAAAACCCAGAGCUUCUGCAGGAAAUCAGCAACAAUCAAGAGCACUUCAUACAGAUGCUGAACGAGCCCCUUCCAGAGCCGUUGCCGAUGGAAGGGGGAGGUGGAGGCACCGCAGGGGCGCCGAGUGACUCUCAAAGUGGCACGAACAUGAGCUACAUCCAGGUCACUCCGCAGGAGAAAGAAGCCAUUGAGAGGUUAAAAGCCUUAGGAUUUCCAGAGGGACUCGUUAUACAAGCCUACUUUGCUUGUGAGAAGAACGAGAACUUGGCUGCCAACUUCCUUUUACAGCAGAAUUUCGAUGACGACUGAUGGAUGAUUAAACCCUGACUAUUACUUGAUUGAAAUUUAUUUCUACUUUUUAUUUCUGCCAUCGGCUAUACAUACACAGUAAUAAUCUAUUUCCAUAUCUCCCCCCAAAAAUGUGUUUUAUUAGCCCCUUCUGCCAUCCUCGAGUGACGAUUUAAGUAUAAUUUUUUUUUCUUUUUCACUUUUUCGAUCAUUGUUGUGUACACAUUCAAUGUCUUAUUUUGACUUUUUUUUUUUCUAAAUUUGAGAAUUAAAACUGCAUUAGUAAUGGCUUUUCCACCAUUAUACACCCUUCAUGAGCAUGUGAACCAGAUGGAUAAUCACGUAUGUGGCUUACACACAUGAUAGGCUUCCCAUUCAAUCAUAAAUAAAUGCAAUAUGUGUUCUGCUGUGUAAUUGCAAGUAUUUAACCUGCUGGUAUGAUGCAACAUGUUGAAUGUCUUGUGAAAUGGGCAUUUUGUUUUAUUCCCACGAGUCUACGGUGCUGCACCUCACGAGAGGACCACUAGAGGGCGGCAUAGACCACAAGGUGGAUAUCCCCAACAGCCUGUAAGUGAGUCAGGUCAAUAUUUACUAACUACGUUGUAAAAGCAUGCUUCAUUUUCUGCCUUGAACAUUUUGUCUUGUGAGCCUUGUUAUGUGUUGACUCGAACAAUGUGAUAUUUCUGACAUUUUUUUUGGUGCCAAAAUUAAAUAUAAAGCUAAAUAGCUCAUUAAAAAUGAAUUAAAACUUGGGGGAGGAUUAAUUUUACAAUUGAGUGAAAAAUCUUAAAUAAUUAUAUAGAAACUUGCGUGUGCGUAGAUUUUACAGCAUGUUUAUUGUCCGUUUAUACGUGAAGUCCGUCAUUUGGAAGUGUUCACUGCCAUUUUUAAUGGGCGAUUGUAGGCGACUACAACAUCUACAAUAGACAUUCUCCAAUUACCUUUGAAUAUGCGCAUGAAUGCAUGUUUGUAAAGCAACAGUAUGUAACAAUUUCAUCCUUAAAUCUCCCAAUACAUUUGACAGGACUGCUGGUAAGUAACUGAAUGUUGACCACAGUGUGUCCCGGUACAUCCUAUAGUGCGUACAGUAUGUAAAUGUUACCUUCCAAUUGUUAUUGUAUUAUAUAUGUAAAUGUGUCAUUUUCUACUUUAAAUAGUUCAGGGAUCUUGUUCCUGUAAAUGUCAUUUUUAUCGUGUGUAGUAUAAUUUUAGGUGUGCAUGUGGCAGAAAAACAAAAAUGACCACUGUUCCGUUAUUUGAAAUACAUUUUAUUAUACCGUAAAAUACAAAACAAUAACAAAGGAUUUUUAUCUACAAAUGUACAAAGAUCACGAUUAUAUUACAUUAUUUGGCUAUAAAACAAAAACAAAACUUUUUUUUUUGUUCAGAGUCACUCAUUCCAUUACAAAAAUAUGAAGACUGUUUUUUUUUCCAUAUAAAUUAUUGCACUAUGCAACUGCAGUGCAUCUCGAUUGCCAUCACCGCUCGAAAGUGAAAGUCAUAACCUGAUUUUUUUUUUUUUUUCUUUAAGGAGGAAUGCAAAAAAUCUUAUGGCACUUUGUCACUACUUCCGUUUUGUCAAUCUUUGGUACCUUUUUUUGGAAAACCUUUGAGCACCAUUGGGUAUAAAUUAUCUAACAUUGUACCUGAAAUCAAUGGAGUCGCAGGUAAAACGUGACGAUUAUAUAAAUAUAGAUAUGCUUUAAUACAGUGUUGUAUGUAUAAUGGCGCGUUGCUGCAGGUAGAAGGCCUCUGGAGAUGUUUUGUCUGAAUGCAGGUUUUCCACGUCAAGAAGAACAAAAUUCCAGUUGGAAGAGUCUCUGGCACAUUGUCCUCAAGUUUUUGUCACAUAAAUAAGACGACUUCCAGUUUUGGUCCCUUGUACAACCCAGACAGGUCUCGUCUUGAUAGUCACUGUUUUAGCCGUGAACGCCACAGCGAGUCUUGUUGACGUAUCCCAAGGCAAGUCAUAGUAGAAUG